AUGGACCAAGUAUCACGCGAGCUUAGUGAGCACUUGUCGAUCAGCAAUGCUACUGGAAAUCUGGAAAAAGAGUGGGAUGACUCCAUGAUGCAGACGUCAAAACGCAUUACCGACACAGCUGACAAGACGAUCAAGCUUCAAGAAGAGCAUGUACAAAUAGAAGAGGUUCUAUCCAAACUACGUGAAAAAGGUGAAGCACUCGAACAGACGUUUGCCGAGAUUGAUCAAGUCGAAAAGCUCGUGCAGCAAGUCAAGGCGACGUACGAUAAAGUGGCCGAAAGUGUCAAUGAUAUGGAAAAGUCUGUGCAUUCAAGUACAUCAUCCAAUUUUUCAUUUCUGCAGAAGCAAAGCAAUGCUUUUCAGCCUUAUUUCCCGCCGCCUCUUCCUGUCAACAUAUAUAGCACACCUGAACUUUUAUCCCAGCAUGGAUUAUCUUCUUCGGACAACAACUCUGAAAAGUGA